AUGUGGGUCCUAUGUUUACAUCAGGUAUACACUGGCAUUACCUACCCAAUUUCCCUCGCAUGGCAUGGGUUGACCCGUAGCUGUGGUAAAGACACCUGCUAAACAUGCCUACGCUGUGGACCGAACCAUGGACCUUGUGAUUACGAAGCGAACUCCAUAACCGCAAGGCCCCGCGCCAUUUUGCACUAUUGUUAAUUUUUUGUUUUCUUUGUUUAAGCAACCGCUGAUAAACGAGUAAAAAGAUAUGGAGGUGGUCAGAUCAGUUUUAUGGCUGCUGGUGUACCAGAUGUGUUAUCUGCAUUUCUGAUUGAACUGAAUGAGAAUGUGGUAAUUCAAAAGAAGACUUUUGCUUUCUUGAGAGGAUUCAAUCAUCACCGUGCUGGCACUUUUGUAAGAGGAACAGGAGUUGAUUUGGAGAAUGGUCGCUAUGCAGCACCAUAUACAGCCAUUUAUAGAUUUCAAUCAACUUUGAACAUAGCAAGACCAUUUAAGAUUGCCAGCAUGAAGCCACACAAUGCAAUUACAGCUAGGAUAUGCAUCAACGGUGCUUGCGAAGAGAAUCUGUCACUGAAGUUUCGUUCUGGAAUUUCCACAAACUCCAAAAUCUUUACCAUAAGUGUUUCGGGAAAUCUGUAUCUACAGAAAAAUCAGUACGUAGAAGUCGUUGUGGAGAAUACGGCAAGUAAUAGAAUCACAAUUCUCUCUGAUUCAACGUUUAGUGGUUGCUUGGUGGGAGCGUAAUAUUUAUAUUUAAUUUAAAAUAUUAUUUUAUUUAUUAAGAAUUUAACUUAUUAAGUAAAUAAAGGUAAACAUGAGAAAGAUAAAUAAUUUUUUUGGAAUCAUUCAAGCUCUUCAGCUCGCAAGGAUAAAAUCUCGACAAAUGUUGCGUAAGGUUAUCAUUUUUCUCCUCUUAAAUUCUUUUUCUUUUCUUUUCUCAUAGAGUUCUUACUUAUGUUCUGUAAAGCAAGUCUUUUGUCAUUGCAAAAAGUUGUUUCACGUGUUAUAACCACAUUUGAAAUUAAAAUUGUAUCAUCGUAUUUUUGUAAAACGUUCAUAAAAAGACUUUAUAAUGUACAUAAAUUAUAAAAGUAUAACUUUAUUUAACAAAUCGUUUCUCUAAUUACAUGAUGUCAUUAUUCUUGGAUAUAAAAAGGAUAUUGUUUCAGCGAAAAGAGUUUUUAUAGAUAGAUGGGUAGAUAGAUAAAUAAAUAGAUAGAUGUG